CCGAGCGACCUUGGCGGGAAAACAGGAAAAGAGCAGCUGCUAAAAAAUAAAAAAUGGCUGACUAGCCGAUCUCUUUCUCUGCCUUUUUCGCGCCCCUAAGGAAGAUGGCAUCUUGUUCCAGUGAUCUCUCUAACGUCACUGAAGUCAGGGAGACGCUCUUCAAAAUUCAGAAGAACCUAGAAUGUCCUAUCUGCCUGGAGUUACUGUCGGACCCCUACACGACACAGUGUAGCCAUCCAUUCUGUCGAGCCUGUAUCUGCAAAGUCAUUUCAGCCAGUAAGGUGGCAAAAUGCCCACUGUGCAAGGUCGUCAUCACAAAGCGAAGUUUAACUGAGAACAGGAGACUGGGAGAGAUUGUGGAGGCUGUCAAAGAAUUGGAGCAAUCCGUACUGGCAGACUCGGGCGUACAAAAGACCCCACCCAGAGUGCUAAACCACACCCACGAGUCUACUGGAACUCCCGGCAUGAUCAUGCAUUCUCUUAUUCACCCAACACCAAUCAAACCAGGCAACUCCUCGAGAGAGGGAUCUGAACCUAGUCGAUCAAGGAAGACAUUCAAUGCUCUAAUGACAAAAGAUCAACCGUCUACUUCUCGAGAUGACGCUAUUGAGAUCAGUACAGGACAAUCUUCAUCAUCCAAGAAAGGACCUGUGAUUAAACGGAGGCGCAAAGUUCGAUUUAAUUCAAAUAAAAAGCCAUCAAAACUUGGCAGUAGGACAAGUACAGAUACAGAAAGUGUGUGUACUAACAGUCAGCACAGGAGAGAGCUACUGGAGGCAUUGGAGGGAGGGGCUCUCAGAGAAGCAAGUCAACGAGAUGAACAGAGGCUAGAUGAACUGGAGGCCACCGCGUGUGUUACUGAAAAUAGAGAACAGAAUGUUGUUGAAGUAUGUGGUUCCAAGAGAAAUUGUAACAGCUAUGUGAAAGGACAUCAACUAUCAUCCAAUGAACUGGAAUCCAGUGAUGCUUUACCUAUUGAAGACGUACCUACUGUGCCAGCACACUCUACUAGUAUCAUCUAUAAAGAAUCUGCAUAUCCUCCGACUAGUGUGACUGAGAUAAGAUCUAUAGCGGAGACACCACACCUUGAAGCACUACCAGAGAAUGAACUUAGUCUGAUUGUGGUGAAGGAAACACCUUUUGUAAAGAGGCGUGAUGGAGAAACCAUUAAUUUAAAACAAUGUUCUACUGACAGGGAGACUCCUUUAAUUAGCAACAAUACUGUUUCUCAACACGCAUUCAUCUCUAUUGAUGACCCCACAGAGGCUAGUAAUCUUUCGCUGGACUCCAGUAAUCUUCCUCAGGAUACUGCUCAACCAUCUCAGGAUAAUUCAGUAAACCCCGACAUCCUAGCCAGAGAGACACAGCUAUUCUCUCCUCCCCCUGAUUCACUGGAGCCUAUCAUCCUCGCCCCCACACAACCAUCAGUCGUGACAGAAACACAACCAACCUCAUCAAAUCUAUCAGAUUCAAAUACACAAGAAUCGUCGAUUUUUAUUAUAGAAAAUAUGGAGCAAACUAUAAUGAAAGAAAAUACUGUCGGCUACUACAGACCUGAUGAACAGAACAACCCAUCGACAGCCAAAAGUUUUGGUUCUAGAGAAACUCACUCUCCGCCUAUUGAUCUGACCCCCAGUGGUGACGUGGACAGCUCUCUCAAUAUUCCCCUACAAAACAUUGAUACUAUCUACAGCCCUUCAAGUGACACCACGACUGAUUCGUUGUUAAAAACCCGUGGAGUAGCAAUGGUGCCUCCCUCUCAGGCUACACCACUUCUCAAUAAAACCACGGUCCUUCCUCAACUAAACCAGUGCUUCAAACCGGCCACACUAAAACCAUCUAUUGAAACCAAUACCAGCUUGAAUUCUGACACACCUGAUGUGUCUACUAGUGCUUCAAGCCACUCUCCUGAUCCAUCAUCAUCCACUCCUCAUAUCUCACCAGAGCUCACUAGCCAAGAGCUUGAAACACUUAGACAACUCAUGGCAGACAAGGAGAGAGAAGUGCUAGCACUGGAGGCAAUGCUCUUACAAGAAGAGAAACCACAAUCGAUAACUACAACUGAUACGACGAAUAAUAUAGUGAGAGAAUCUCCGUUCCAAACAAUAUCUGAAAAUGUCAAAACUUCAAAUGAAAACGGGAGGACUUCUAUUAACACUAUCGAAUGCUCGAAUGCUCUCACGAAAAAAUCUCAAGAGGCUAAAAAAGAUGAUGUUGCCUCGUCAAUAAUAAAAUCUCCUGUUGAUAGUCCGCAGGUGAUCUUUGAGACGCAGUUUACAGGCCACUCCCACGAGGACCAUACAGCUUCUGAGGAUGAGUGUACCUUGAGGGGACACAGAGAAUGUGCAGAACCAGAAAUCAAAGAAAGUAUGAGAGAUGACUCAAUGGCUGAUAGUCAUCAAGUCAUGAAGAGAGGACAUUCCCCUGUUAAUAUGCUAUCGAAUAAUACUGAGCCUUGCCCAAAGCGUACAAAGAGUAAUGACACUAACACGCAGCAAGAAUUGAGUCCUAAAACAAAGAGAACGGUUCAGCUUGACUCUGAUGAUAUUGAAGACUACUCGCUACCUUCCCCCAACGAACCAUUGCCUGCUGACCACCCCUUCAUGAGCGUGAGCACAAUCAACCAGCCCAUUCAAUCUCAAUCAACAAGCCACCCUAAUAACAAGUCUUAUACUGCUAACAUAUACAUUGACCGUGGAACUUCUCCUAAUCACAAUGUGCAGAACUCUAUUAUCAAUCGAAAAUCUUCAGCCAGCGAACAAAAUAAGAAAGAAUCAAAGCAAGUUCAAUCUUCUAACAAAACUGUUACUGUUAAUUGUCAUCCAAACUCUCCUCCUAAGCCUCAACAAGAUGGGCCUCCCAGACUAACCACGUCUAGUUCUAUGCUCACUACCCCCCAACAGGGGGCGUCUUGUUCUACCCCCCAGCAGAGAGUGGUGGUCCAGACCCCCGCUCUGAGUGGUGGUGGGUUCGCCAGUCCAGGGGGAGGGGCCAGACACACCCUCUCGUUAGUAGGCUCAGGACUAUCGAAGUCUCAACUGCGACAGGCCCAGCGAUUCGCUCGUACCCACAAUGGUAGAAUAGCGAGUGUGUUCAACUGUCAUACGACACACGUGGUGGUCUCCACUGACUCUCGUGGCCUCUGCCCUCGCACUGUCAAGUACCUGCAAGGAGUGCUGGCUAGAAUCUGGGUACUCAGCUAUCACUGGGUGGAGGACAGUGUGAGAGAGGACAGGCUACUACCGGAGGAGCACUAUGAGGUGAAUGGUGACAACACCCUGACCUCCUCUGACACUAGUCCUCGUGUACCUGCUAAAGCUCGUCUCAGUAGAUUACGUCAGGAACCUGGCCUGUUCUCUUCUCGUCUUUUUUACCUCCACUGCGACUUUAACGGACUCUCAAAAGACCAGCUGUCGCAGUUGCUGUGCCUCGGUGGAGGGGAGGUGGUGGAGUGUGUGACGUGUAAUGCUGUGACGGUGUGUGACUGUGUAGACCGCCCCCGUACUAUCACGUCCAGCUGGCUACUAGACUGCAUCAGUAGCUACCGGCCGCUAUAAUCAAUCAUGUGAUCUUGUGUUCUAUUGAUAAUUCGACAAAAAAAGUUUUUGAAAUUCAAUUUCUCUCAUGC